UGGCCUUUCAUACUAGGAAAGGAGGCAAGGAAGGAUAAGAUAACUGGAAUGCACCCCUGCAGGUACGCACGCCUGCCACUUAAAGGGAGGAGAACAGGAAGGGCGUGGUGUACGGACAAUGGCUUCAAUGCAGACCCGCCCAUAAACACGACUAAUCAACGGAGGAAAACACCAAUAAUAACAGCAUCACGUUAUAUCAGUCAUUGCCGACAAAUGACUCAACUAGGCCACUUCUGACAAGUAGCCUACUACCAUCGACGUUAAUUCUGUCAGUUGAACUACCGUUAACAUUUUUAGCAAUAGACUACAGCAACAAAAAGUCACGUCCAGAACAGUAGAAAACCAAGCUUAGUGGAUCUCAAGGGCAUUUUAUGAUUUUUUGACGAUGUCAGAAAGUGGCCAGCCAAAUGAUUACACACGGGCUGAUAAAGCUUCUUGAUAUCGGAGGUUCAGAAAAUGAAAGUCCUCCCCAGUAUUUUGUUCCCAUCGCUGGGAUUUGCUAAUUAGCGCCGCUCUUCAGCCAGGAGGGAGAGCUAAUUAGUGAAAUCAGCCGGCUGAGUUCAUCAGUGUAAGAAGCACAUGGCAGGACUUUUACUUUCUGACCCUUGCACAUCCAACCUGGUUGUGAUACAUUUUGCCAUUUUAUUGUAGCCUACCUUCGUGUGAAGUUGUUUGAUCGUCGCCACGCGGUAUUGUUCGGACCGGUUUAAAUCGAGUGAAAUUCCGCCCAGCCGCUAUGUCACCUACCGCGUGGUGGAGGUGUAUGUGUAGCCCCCCCAAAAAAAAGGCACGUGCGGCGACUUUUCUUGAGGUGGCCAGAAGUGCUUGGUCCCGGAAGGAAAACAAUUGCGUGAGACAGAGCAGGCUGAGUGUAGUCUGUACACAGGAACUGGGCGUGACCAGCAAACGCAAACACCCUCAGCCUCCGAGCCGAUCGGCAGUGGGCUCCUUCCUGGAGACAAGUGCCGUCUCCUUCCAGCGUACCGGAAUCUACAAGAGGGGAAAAGAAAUUCCUCACAUCUGGAAAAGGAAGACUGAUCUUCAGAAUAAAAUCUCACGUAUGGUGGAAUAUCCGGGUUGUCUGAAGGGGACGGUUCCUAGGCAAGUACGAUAUUAACACCUUUUUUUUUCUUUUGAAGAUAAAAAAAGCCCAGAUAAAACCUGCAGCCACUCGUCAGAAGAUGUUUUUCCCCUAGCAGGAGGACGCAGACACAGCGCAACAGUCUGCUCUGAGGAUGGAGAUCUCUGCGGUCAACAAGUCACUGCUCUCCAGAGUGCUGCCGCCUGUGCUGCUGCUGGAAUGCGUGCUGGGCAUGCUGGGUAACGGCGGGGCCCUCUGGAUCUUCUGCUUCUACGUGAAGCCCUGGAAGAGCAGCACGGUCUUCCUGUUCAACCUGGCUCUGGCCGACUUCCUGCUCAUCGUGAUCCUGCCGUUCCGCGCCGUCUACUACCUGAGCGGGCUGGACUGGGCUUACGGCGACGGCUUCUGCCGCAUCUCCCUCUUCAUGCUGGCCAUGAACCGCGGCGGCAGCGUCUUCUUCCUCACCGCCGUGGCCGUGGACCGAUACGUGCGGGUGGCGCACCCCCACCACCCCGCCAACUCCGCGCCCGUCUCCAGGAGCGUCUGCGUGGCCGCCGCCGUCUGGCUCCUCACCAUCUCGCUGGCGGCCCGCCUGCUGGCGGUGCCGGGCCAGGCCCAGAACUCCACGCUCUGCGAGUCCUUCGCCGCCGCCGGCAGCGGCUGGUACCACGCGGUGUACCUGCUGGAGUUCGCCGUGUCGCUGGCCGUCCUCCUGUUCUGCUCCGCCCGCGUGAUCGCCGAGCUGCGCCAGAGGGGCCUGGGCAACAACGCCAGGAUCAGGAGGGCCCUGUGGUGCCUGGCUGCCGUCAUGGCAACGUUCGUGGUCUGCUUCAUCCCCAGCAACGUCACGCUGCUGCUGAUCUGGGUGCAGACGCUGCGCGGGGUGGAGGGCAAACUCGGCUCUCUGGGCACCGUCUUCUACAUCACCGUCAGCCUGACCUACCUCAACAGCGUGCUGGACCCCCUGGUCUACUACUUCUCCAGCCCCGCCUUCAAGGCCCGGCUGAGCAGCAUGGCGAGGGCCCGCCCGUGGAGGAAGGAGCCGGCCGUCACGGACGGCGACGGAACCAGAGACUCCAAGAUCUAACGGCGGCUGAAGGCCACGGACCAGGAGAUGAUGUCAUGCAAGUCAGCGAGGCACUCUUUCCCUGCGUGGGGGAAAAAAAACCCCAGCAUCCCCAUCCGGUGUGAGGGCGUGGCGUAGGCUGGAAGGGCUUCUUUUUUGUUCUUUAUAAAUAUAAUAAUUACAGAGUUCUCAGAAGCUACACAUUUAGGUAUGCAGUGCCUAGAAAUACAAAGUAUGUGAAAUUAACAUUUAACUUAUCUGAUUACACCAUCUGCUCAGUUUCCUCCCUGUACUAAAUAUGAAACGACAAUAACGUCAGCCAGGAAAAGGAGAACAUGCUGUGUAAAAAUGUCAGUUUUCUUUCAUGCGCAGCUGGCUACCAAAAGCAAUCACAUGAGGUACAGUAUUUAUCACAGUAGCUGUGUCCCAGCAGGAAAUCAAACCUGCAACCUCUUAUUACACAACCGCACCUCCCUAAUCAUUAUGCAGCAGGGUCAAACUCAUAUUUGGAGAGCAGAAAUUAUCACUUUCACACAUCUUUAGUUAUUUUUAUGCUUAAAUUCCAAUGGUAUGAUACUCUGUGACAAAAUGUUGAAAUUGAUUUUGUUUGCAAAUAAAACCAUAGCGUUGUUAAUAUUAAAUAAGAAUAUAUAAUAAUAGAAUGACUGAAAAGCUGGUACAUCUCAUGCAUGAAAUGUACGGAACAUGUCCUGUUUCAAUUGGUUUCUCAAAUUUAAAGUUUUAUUUAUAGAAAACAGUUUUGAAUAUUACAGGUACAAACAGGUGAAACAGGUACUGCCAGUGUAAACAGUAAAGACCAGAACGGAGAGAGAGAGAGAGAGAGAGAGAGAGAGAGAGAUACAACAUAAA